UUUAGCUUUUACUUUGAAAUAUAUAGAAGCCCGGAAGUAAUGUGUGCUUGUGUGGACGUAGAUCCAACUAGGUUGCUUAAAAGUAAGCCAGCGAGGAUAAGACAAGUUUCUUCAUAUUGGACAGUCUUACAUUUUAAAGGAGAUUUUAAAUAACUAUUUGCUAGCUGACAUACAUGGUUCAUAUUUAAGGUGUUUGUUUAAGAUUUUUAAUUACAUGUUUAUAGCUCUGUGUCGAGGGUAGAGAGGAAUUUAGCUUGUUAGCUAGCUAGCUAACACAGUCUGUCAGGUUACGCUAGUUUUAGGCUAGCUACCAGGCUUGCAGACUUGAAGGAAUAUUUGAAUCUUCAUUCGGCGUCACUUCAGGCAGCAACGUCUUUGUUGGACACGGUGAAAGGGUCUUCGUCACCAUGAAACUGUACAGUUUGAGUGUGUUACACAAGGGAGCCACAAAGUCUAACUUGCUGAAAGCAGCCUAUGACCUCUCAUCUUUCAGCUUUUUCCAGAGAUCCAGUGUGCAGGAGUUCAUGACCUUUACCAGUGCACUGAUUGUGGAACGGUCUAGUUUAGGAAGUCGUGCAUCUGUUAAAGAACAAGAGUACUUGUGUCACGUAUACGUGCGGAAUGAUUCUCUUGGUGCUGUAGUGAUCGCUGACUGUGAAUACCCAUCCAGAGUGUGUUUCACUUUACUUGAUAAGGUACUGGACGAUUUCUCAAGGCAAGUGGACCGCAUUGACUGGCCUUCUGGUUCCCCAGCCUCCAUUCCGUUCACUGCCUUGGAUGGCUACCUGGCCAAAUACCAGAAUCCCAGAGAAGCUGAUGCCAUGACGAAAGUCCAAGCCGAACUAGAUGAAACAAAAAUUAUUCUGCACAACACGAUGGAGUCACUCCUGGAACGAGGAGAGAAGUUGGAUGAUUUGGUGCAGAAGUCGGAGCACUUGGGCAACCAGUCAAAAGCCUUCUACAAAACGGCAAGGAAACAGAACUCAUGUUGUGAGGUGAUGUGAUGUCAGUGGGUGGUGUGACAGAUCUGACUCCUCCCAGCCACCAUUUUUCUUUCUAUCUUUCUCUUUAUCUCUUGCUCUCUCUCUCUCUCUCUCUCUCUCUAUUUUUGUCUGUCUCUGGCUGGGGCAGAAGCAUUACAGCUCUCAGAUGUCACAGAGGAAAGAGAGGAAUAUUGACAGGAAAUGAAGACUUCUGGGGAGAGCCAAUCAAAACAGUUCAUAAGGGGUCAAGAGGGGUCUGAUUUCCCAGGGUGCACCACACAUGUGCUGCUGCUGUCUGGAGAGUUAGUUUAGGAGGCGCGAGUGCAGCCAGUGCAGUAACCUCAGGCUCUUCUUCCCCAAUGGGCUGCACAGUGGAGUUCAGGUAUCGCAUAGAGAGAGGGGCCUGCGACCCCUCCCACGGUGCCUUACUUUAGAUGGCCAUUUGUUUUAUGUGUACAACACUCCCACAUUUUGCAUCUGCACAGAUACGUACAGACACGUGUAGAAAGCUGCCAGCCUUAUGCAAUGCCUAAUGUUAAGAAGCACUACUGCUUCUUGAUGCAUUUUGAAAAUGGGAAAGCCGAUUGUCCCCCCCGUCACAACUAUGUUUAGUGAAAUCCUAAAAGUGCAUUUCAACUCAAAGUGUGGUGUUGCUUUUAUGUGGCUGUGUGAUCGAGUCAAGCUCAUGCUGUGAUAUUUGACUGAGUCCGGUCAUUUCUUUUUUUGGUAUGUGUUGUAAGCGGCUGUACAGUGUGGGUGUGUGUGGCUAUCAGUCUUAAUGACCAAAUUUGUAGAUGGGACAGUCAACUGGAAAAUCAUGAUAUCUUAAGAUGGACUGUAAGAGGGGCUUAUUAAAUAUAACACAAUAAACACGCUCUUAUAACAUCAGGUUUCUCUACAUGUUCUGUCCUAUAAUAAACCGACAACAUGCACUUCUUAAAGAUGUCCUAGUGGACCUUUUUAAAUGUAUUUAUUAAUGAGUCACUCCACUCCAUGCGCACACAUGAGUCAUUAUAGUUAGUAUUUGGCACCAGGGUUCAGGGCUUAGUUGUGAAACCUAAAGAAUCACAGCAGUGUGUGUGUGGUCACAUGAUGAAAUCAGUCCCCCCCCCCCCCCCUCAUUUGAUGUUAAAGCUGUUGUCUGUGGUCUGUUUGGAUAUGGAUGAUGUGCUUUAGGUGUCUAUUGUUUAAUCGGGCACCUCGAAAUUCAGAUGAUUUUGCAGCUCUUUGCCUGCACUGUUUUUGGGUUUUGAGUAUUUAAGAGGUGGUUUGUGUCAUUCCUCAUCCAGUUUAUUAGAGCUUGAGUAAGAAGGAAGGAUGAUUAGUGAAACGAUUUUCAUUAAGCAGACAACUGUGGGAAGAAUAUUAGAUGGGAGAUUUAUUAGCUCAUUUUUUUUUUUUAUUAAUUCAGUUAGACUAGUACCGUAAGUGGAGGUGCUGAAAGUAAAACUUGAGUGUAUACUUCAUUCAACUUAAACCCAAAGCUGAGCCAGAGUACAAACUUUAGUGAAGUAUAUAUUUCAAAGUAAGCUCAUUAUUGUGAACUUUAAUUUCACAUUAAAAAGCUGUUCAGUUUAUAUACAAAAUGACUUGACAGUGGAUAAGUUAACCUCCAUGUCGAGGCCUGGUAAAACAUGCCACUCUUCAACUGACUGACAAUCUCCAUUAGAGCCUGGGAUAUAACUGUGAUGGUAGAAACAGUUACCUCCCCGGUGCCAAGCUGUACACCCUCUCUACAACACAAGUUUUCCACGACAUUAAUUGUGGUUUGAACCGUCUUUUGCAAAGAACCAGCUUGGGGAGUUCAGAUAUUAUUUUGUUGAGAUACGUCUACAGGCAUAUAUCAGCACCAAAGCAUCACACCAUUUACUCCAUCAACACUGCAGAAGCCCUCCGAUGUCUUGGGAGUGUUUUGCUCUUACACCUACAGCAAAUAGUGGGUAAAUAAGUGUAUAUGUAUGUGUGUACUCCUGUGUUUAUGUACAUCAAUAUGAAAAACAAUGUCGGAAGUAUUUUAACACAGGACUUGAUGUUCUGAUGUGGAUGCAGUGCGGGAGGUGAUUGUGUGCAUGUGUGCUUUGGUGUAUUUCUGUGUAUUAAACACAGGGUUGGGAAUGUCCCCUACACCCAUUGCUUCAGGGGGACCUUAAAAGGUGCCUUUUUUCUGUAAUUUGCCAAAUUUGAUUGGGCCAUUGCCACGCCACUCGAGCAGGGUAGCAAUGUGAUUGGAGCAUUCCUGUGUGAGAGAGGUUCUAAUGCUGCUUGUAGCACAUUUCCUUAAUGUUGUAAUGAUGUCUGAGUGGACGGUUUUGCAUAAAAACAAGCGAAAGAUACACUCCAAUGCACCUAACAUUUAUUGACUCAUAAAUGUUCAUUCUCUGUUCUUUCAUAAUUUCUCCUUCAAAAGGUGCAAUAUGAUGUUUUUGUUAUCAAAAAGUACAAAUCCUUAGACCUACAGCCAUGAUGUAGGUAGAAGGCACAAUUAAAGGAAAAUGUUUCUCAAUAUACCUUUGCAUUCAGUGAAGCCAAGAAUCAUAAAUGCAUUUAGAUAUCACAUAGAAUGUAUUUUUUGUAAAGAAAACAAACUAACAAAAAAAAGCCUACAUAUUGCACCAUAACAACAUAUGCUUCUGUCUGUGUUGCCUUAUUUCAGUGGCGUUGUCAUGUGCUCUGUCAUUGGAUCCUUGAAGCACACAUACUUCCUCAGACAUGGUGUGAAUCUGCGGAUGUAUUAUCAGAAUUGCCAUUAUAUAUUUACCAGAAGUUACAACGAACAAUGAAAACAAAGUAUUGAAAAAUAACUUAUAAUUGUAUGUAAACAUUAUGUAACAUUUUAUUUGAACUUUUGGACUAAUGACUAAUUGUUUCUCCAGACAGGCUUUGUGUUACCCAUCUAAACUGUAUCUAUAAUUGAACUCUGCCAAUUAUGCAA